ACUCAACGGAAACACGGACCACAUCAGAGAGGCAGAGGCCGACCUUGCUGCUGUGAGCAACCUCAUCUCAGGAACAAACUGAAAGAGCAUCUCUACUGGGAUCCAUCAGAAAAGACACCAUGGCCGAGUACGACUACGGAGACCCCGGGUUCUUCAACGCUUCCAAUGACAGCAGCCAGGGGCACGAACACUUCCUGCAGUUCAGCAAGUUGUUCCUGCCCUGCAUGUAUGUGGUGGUGUUCCUCUGUGGCCUGGUGGGGAACUCCCUGGUGCUGGUCAUAUACAUCUUCUACCAGAAGCUGAAGAGCCUGACGGACGUGCUCCUAAUGAACCUACCCUUGGCUGACCUGGUGUUCGUCUGUACUCUGCCCUUCUGGGCCUACGCAGGCAUCCAUGAGUGGGUCUUCGGCAAAGUCAUGUGCAAAACCCUGCUGGGCAUCUACACUUUGAACUUCUACACGUCCAUGCUCAUCCUCACCUGCAUCACCGUGGACCGCUUCAUUGCAGUGGUUCAGGCCACCAAGGCCUAUAACCAGCAGGCCAAGCGGAUGGCCUGGGGUAAGGCCGUCUGCUUGUCCAUCUGGGUAGUUUCCCUGCUGGUUUCCUUGCCGCAGAUCAUCUAUGGCAACGUCCUUUACCUUGACAAGCCUGUCUGCGGCUAUCACAACGAGGAGAUUUCCACCAUGGUUCUGGCCACCCAGAUGACACUGGGGUUCUUCCUGCCAUUGCUUGCCAUGAUUGUCUGCUACUCAGUCAUAAUCAAGACACUGCUUCAGGCCCGAGGCUUCCAGAAGCACAAGCCUCUGAAGAUCAUCUUCCUGGUGGUGGCGGUGUUCCUGCUGCCCCAGACGCCCUUCAACCUCGUGAAGCUCAUCCGCAGCGCGAGCUGGGAGUACCACACCAUGACUAGCUUUCACUAUGCCAUCACAGUGACAGAGGCCAUCGCCUACCUGCGUGCCUGCCUUAAUCCUGUGCUCUAUGCCUUUGUUGGCCUGAAGUUUCGGAAGAACUUCUGGAAACUUGUGAAAGACGCUGGCUGCCUCCCUUACCUGGGUGUCUCAAGCCAACGGCAGUGUUCAGAGGACACUUCCAGGACUGCUUCAGCCUCUCGCAACAUGGAGGCGACCAGCAUGUUCCAGCUGUAGGCCUUGCUGGGCUUGGAGAGGCUGCUCAGAAGUCACAGGAGCAUGGCUGUGUCCUCUAAGGCUUUGUGUAUAGCAUGGGCAUUCCCAAGGAGAAGUUAUCAAAUGGUGCAGCUGGGGUGGGAAUGCUUCUUCUCAGGCAUGCGCAGAUUGUGCCCUCUUCUUUCACACCCAGGCCUGAAGCUCAAAGGGGAGACUGAAAGCUGCCAGAGCUUUCCUUCCUCUACCCCGAGAAUACCGACACCAGGGAAUGACGUGUGAUUCUCAAGACCCCAGGUUCUCCUUCAAUGGGAAUGGGAAUGGGACUAAGGGUUGAACAGGGGGACCUGGCCAACAAAGGUCUUGAUGGCAGGUGACACUCUGGGCUCCCAAGUUCAGAAGAUUCUUCUGCCGACUGGGAAGCAGGGGAGAUUAAAGCAGCCAUGAAAACCAGUGCUGACUCUGUGACUCAGACCUCCAUCACCAGGCACCCAAGAGAAAUGAGCUCAGGUUCUGCCACGCCUUGUGGGUUUGGUUUUAUAUGGAUAGGUGCUUUAUGUUCUCUUUGAUUAAUCCUGGAAGGACUAGCACCAGGGAAUAUGAAUGGGCCAAAGCAAAUUAGGGUCGGCUGAGGAUUCCAGUGGGCCACAGAAUGCUGGAAAAAUGUGCAAAGCUGAGUUUAAGACUAUCAUGAGUCUAAGCAGCACCUCCGAAAUGGAUCUUUGGUGGGUCUGCUCAUUUAAAACCUGAAUUUAUCCAAUGCCUCAGACACACACAAAUCAUAUAGAAAUGUAUA